AUGAAGAUACUUUGCCUUCACGGGCGAGGGUCGAAUAACGAGAUCUUUCAGCUGCAGACUGCUGCAUUCCGCGCCGAGCUAGAAGAUUUCGAAUUCGAAUAUGUCCAAGGCACUGUGCCACACACAGAAGGAAACUGGUCUUUAUACACAACAGCAUUCCCAAAGGCGCCAUUAUACGGUUAUUACGACCCCCUGAGGCCGUCAUCAAUACAACAGGCAGAGGACGAUUUAAUCCAACUGAUCAAGGAAAACGGGCCUUUUGAUGGCGUCUUGUCCUACUCUGGCGGCACAGCCCUGGCGGCCCAAAUAAUCAUUCGCAAUGCUCUAGAAAACCCGUUUAGCUUGCCAGACGAAAGGCCAUUCCGUUUUGCUGUAUUUAUCAAUGGGGUCACGCCGCUCAAAGUCUUCCCAAUUGAAGAGGGAACAUUCACGGAAAUGACAAUGGAAAACUCGGCCCUGGUAAAAGAGGCCUCCUCCCUCCUGCUACGAGACUCAGCGACACGUGUCCGGAAGAACAAGAAUGAGUUCGAAGACUACGACCCAGCCGCGAUCAAAGCCGAGCUGAUGGCCCUGGAAACCAAAACCCUGACGGAUGGACGACUGUGUUUAUCAGACGGAAAAUAUGGAAUCACACGAUAUGAUUCUGGAAUUGACGGCAUUCUCAUGGAUAUUCCCACGCUGCACGUUCGGUGCGCCGAGGAGGAGGAUUUUCACCAUGGACUGCAUAUGACGCAGUUGUGCGAGCCAGACCAGUCGACCGAAUAUCAUCACCAUAACGGAGAGGAUUUCCCACGUGGUCAUGCGGAGAUGAAAAAAAUUGCACAGCUGAUUAGAGAGACGGCUGAAAGGGCCUAG